CCCAGAAGACGUCAAAGAAGUGACGGCCAGGCGCGUGCCGCGAGCCCGUCGCCGCUCGUGUUCGGCGUGGCUCAUUCCGUUCGUUCGAACACCGCAGCUGGAAAAACGGUGUGCUUCGUCCGCCGGCGCCACGAACAACGUCACCCGGACGCCGUGAAGAUCAGGAGGCAGCGUUGCGCAGAGGCAGCAUGGACCCGCCCCAGGAGGAGCCCGAAGGCAUGAUGAGCCCCGGCGAACAAGCGCUGGCUGCGGCGGGCAAGCGCUGCGCGUCCACCCAGUCGCAGUGGCCGCUGCCCACCGCCGAGCCGGCAACGUGCCACAGGUGCCAGUCCGAGAUGCCGGCCGGAGGAGAAGGCGCCAAGACCGACGGAGGGCGCGAUCAGCAGCAGCAGCAGCAGCGCCGAGAAGCCGCGGGCGACGCGUCGGACUCGAGCACCGAAGACACGAGCGAGACGUCGGACACCUCGUCCAAGGUGACUUCGAUGCUAGAGGGAGACGCCCGCUGCUACGGAGACUUCCUCAACGAGGAGGCCUGGCUGGAUCGCAUGCUGGAGCAGCUCGGCUUGCCUAGGCCGUACUAUAACGAAGGCCCGGUGUCCGUGAGUGCUACCGGCGCCGCCGCCGCUGCUGCUGCUGCUGCUCCAAGUGCCGGUGCCGUGGCCACGAUGGUGGCGGGCGGCGAGCACCACGGCCCCUCCAGCGAGCCCGAAAAGGAACUGGCCGAGCUGUCGGCCGAGGAGUACUACCACAAGGAGCUGCGAGACGUGCUGUGGACCAUCGUGUCACUCAAGCUCGACGACAUGCGCGUGGCCACUUCGCAGAUGCGCGCCGCGUGGAAGUCGUACGUGCGAAACUCCAAGAUCGUCGACGACAUGCUCCAGAACAAGGACCGCGCUGUCAGGCAACUCAAGGAACAGCUGGUCCAGCUCAAGCUGGAGAACAAGAGCCUGCGCGAGCGAAUUUGCGAGGGAUCACAGUCGUGAAAGCAACGCACUCUAGACUCAACAGCUCCGAAGCAAAGAACAAGGCCCGAAACUCCGCGUUCCGCCAGAAGUCGGGUCUGCAUUGUGUGUGUGUGUCUGUCUUUUUUUUUUUUGUUUGUUUCUACAGAAAUAAAGGUUUAAGUUGUUAAAAA